AUGUCAAAGAAGCAUCUCAAGCCGUUGGAGACAUGUUUUGAAGAUGAAGAAGAUGAUGUUAUUUAUCUUCCUCCAGGUCUUGUGACCGGUGCAACUUCCAAGAAGAAUGAGGAGUUUUGUGGCGGCUCCGGCAAGGUACAACCGUCUGAGAUGAAGCGUCGGAGUGAAGGGACCUCAACGGACAUGACUUCGAAGAGAGCCAAGAAGGUUUCAGCAGAAGAUGAGAAGAAAGUUGGAGAAUGGACAAAAAACCCAUAUUUUCAAAGACUGUGGAGUGAGGAAGAUGAGAUUGUUAUGCUACAAGGAAUUAUUAAAUUUGAAGAUGUUACAGGGAAAAGUCCGUUUGAGGAUAGACACGGGUUUAUAGAAUUCGUCAAGAACUCCAUUAGCUUCGAGGCUAGUGUGCAACAAUACAUUGGCAAGAUUAGCCAAUUGAAGAGGAAAUAUACGAGGAAAAGGAAGAACGGUUUUUCUGAAGGUCAUGAACAGAAAUGUUUCAAACUGGCCAUGUCUAUUUGGGGAACUAAAGAAACGUCUAAGAAGACGGACUUGUGCUCUUCACCUAAAGGUAAAAAAGUUAAAGAAGAAGAUGGAGAUGUGACAAACUCUGAUUGGUUUGAGAAUUCGUUUCUACUUCCAUCAAUUGAGAGUCUUGGUGUGGAUUCGGUUAAACGUAAAUGGAAUGUUGUGCCUAUGGAGUUUAAGAAGAAAAUUGAAGAGAGGUUGGAGUUGUUGGAGGCUGAUGAAAGUGAAUGCAAGAAAAUGGAAGAGAUGUUGAAGGUUAAAAAUAGCGAAUGCGUGAAACAAAAGACUAACCUUUUGAAUGAGGUGAUCGAUGUGAUGACUUGA